GUGCUGUUACUUGGUUCUCCCUCUCCCUCCAAUUGUACUGUGCAUUGUGUUGAUCUCUUCACUCGUCGCACUGUUUUGGGACUUGCUCUCCUAUAAAAGCUUUGGCAUCUUCGAACUCAGUAUCCAGUUCAACUGAAGCAAUCAAAAUGAAGUGUGCUCUCCUUGUUGCUCUUUGCUUGGCUUUCUUUUCCGCCGUGAACGCCUCUUACGGCUACGGCUACGGCUACCCCGCUGGUGCGGCUUACCCCGCUGGAGCCAAGGGUCUGGUCACCUAUCCCAAUGGAGCCACCGUCCCCGUUGAGCCUUAUCCCGUUCAAGCUGCCCGUGCCGCUCACUUGAGUGCCAAGGCCGCUACCUAUGCCGCUUACGGCGCCCCUGCUUACGGUUAUGCUGGACCCGCCGUGGCUUACGGAUACGGACAUCUUGUUGCUCUUUGCUUGGCUUUCUUUUCCGCCGUGAACGCCUCUUACGGCUACGGCUAUGGCUACCCCGCUGGUGCGGCUUACCCCGCUGGAGCCAAGGGUCUGGUCACCUAUCCCAAUGGAGCCACCGUCCCCGUUGAGCCUUAUCCCGUUCAAGCUGCCCGUGCCGCUCACUUGAGUGCCAAGGCCGCUACCUAUGCCGCUUAUGGCGCCCCUGCUUACGGUUAUGCUGGACCCGCCGUGGCUUACGGAUACGGACAUUCUUUGGCAUCUUCGAACUCAGUAUCCAGUUCAACUGAAACAAUCAAAAUGAAGUGUGCUCUCCUUGUUGCUCUUUGCUUGGCUUUCUUUUCCGCCGUGAACGCCUCUUACGGCUACGGCUACGGCUACCCCGCUGGUGCGGCUUACCCCGCUGGAGCCAAGGGUCUGGUCACCUAUCCCAAUGGAGCCACCGUCCCCGUUGAGCCUUAUCCCGUUCAAGCUGCCCGCGCCGCUCACUUGAGUGCCAAGGCCGCUACCUAUGCCGCUUAUGGCGCCCCUGCUUACGGUUAUGCUGGACCCGCCGUGGCUUACGGAUACGGACAUUAAAAUGGGACGAACAUCUGGGAGAAGAGAAGACUCGUCAAAGAGAGAUCAAGUGAUCACCUACAUUUUUUUUUUUGCUCAAAUUUGAAAAUCUAAAAGAAAGAAAACUCAACUUAGUGUCAUCGGCACGUGUUUGUUCGUUCAACCCUCGGAAUAAAUGAUGUUUUUGACCUGAA